AUGAUGCCCGCUGGCGUGCCCCCCCCGCCUCAGCAAACCGCACCUCCCGCGACCACUGCUGGUCCCUCAACUGCCCCUCCCCCAACCCAUCCUUCUUCGACAGCUAUGGCACUGGACGAUGCGGGAGCUGAGGGUCGUAAGGCGAAGCGCGAACUCUCACAGUCGAAGCGCGCAGCGCAGAAUCGAGCUGCCCAGAGAGCCUUCCGACAGCGAAAGGAACACUACAUCAAGAAGUUGGAGCAGCAGGUUCGGGACUACAUGGAGAUGGAACAAAGCUACAAGGCCAUGCAGUCGGAGAAUUACGCUCUGCGCGAAUAUGUUAUCCACCUCCAGUCGCGACUUUUGGAUGCUCAGGGCGAGAUUCCUCAGCCCCCUCCCAACGUUAACCUUCAGCAGCCCCCUAUGCCGGCUCCUUCUGCUCCCACGAGCGCUCCCGAGACAGCGCCCAGCAAUCCGGCCGCCGGUACGCCGCUCGAAGCUGUUGCACAGGCAGUUGCUGGCUUGGCUGCCCAGGAACAGCUUGCCGGCCGGCAACAAUUCACGGACAAGGGCUUCCAGUCCGACCAGGACAAAGACGAAACGCGUCGCGACGGCGAGGAGAUUGACAGCCAGCUGCAGCCUGACGGACUUUCCGCCGCGCCGACUGCGUCCAUGUGA